AGGAGGAUGUGGCGCGCGGAGGGGAAAUGGCUGCCGAAAACAAGCCGGAAGAGCGUUUCCCAAAGUGUAUUCUGCGGAACUAGCACCUACUGUGUUCUCAACACCGUGCCACCUCUAGAAGAUGAUCAUGGGAACAGCAAUAGUAGUCAUGUAAAAAUCUUUUUACCGAAAAAGCUGCUUGAAUGUCUGCCGAAAUGUUCAAGUUUACCCAAAGAGAGGCACCGCUGGAACACUAAUGAGAGAUCAUGAUGCAGCCGUCCUUUUGGAUUUCUUUUUAAUAAUGUGUGACCCUUCACCUUUGAUCCCCUGACCUGCAUUACCUUGGUAACCAUUUCAUUUUUUAAUUUAAUUUCAUUUUUUAAUUUUGGUGUACAAGCUGUAACAUUUCAUCUCUCAAAGUGUAACACGCUGAUUUCCGCAAAUAGAGGUAUCCCUUUGAGCGAUAAAUUU